AGAGCACCAAGACAUAACCCUAAAGGGAAAGGAUAUCAGCCGAAUCUCGAUAAAUUUGUGGAGGCCUUUCGGAAGCGAAAGAGUGGGAGCACUCAGAGCAGCAGGCCUUGUAUUAAUAAGACCCCAGUAUUGGACUGCGAGGGUUACGAUAAUCCUGGAGCUGAAGGCGGAGAAUCUGAUGUUUGCAUUGAUCUUGAAGCUGCACAGACUUGGCAUUAUCCACUUAAUGUUCCUGUCCGUGAUUAUCAAUUCGCUAUUGCUAAAGUUGCUCUCUUUUCAAAUACACUUGUGGCAUUACCAACAGGCCUUGGUAAAACCCUUAUUGCUGCGGUUGUGAUGUAUAACUACUUUAGAUGGUUCCCCGAAGGUAAAAUUGUUUUUACUGCUCCUUCACGGCCUUUAGUCAUGCAACAAAUUGAAGCAUGCCAUAACAUCGUUGGAAUACCUCAGGACAGGGCAAUUGAUAUGACAGGUCAGAUGAGCCCUCUGAAACGUUUGAGCUUUUGGAAGACUAGAAGAGUUUUUUUUGUGACCCCGCAGGUGCUUGAGAAAGACAUUCAAUCUGGCAUAUGCUUAGUGAAACAAAUUGUUUGCUUGGUCAUUGAUGAAGCUCAUCGAGCUACCGGAAACUAUUCAUACUGUGUUGCAGUUCGUGAGUUGAUGGCUGUUCCUGUGCGGUUCAGAAUUUUGGCUUUGACAGCUACACCAGGAUCAAAACAGCAGGUGAUUCAGAAUGUCAUCGAUAACCUAUACAUUUCAACUUUGGAGUAUCGUAAUGAAACUGAUCAUGAUGUCAGCCCUUAUGUGCACAAUAGGACAAUUGAAGUGAUUGAGGUGGAAAUGGGAAAGGAUGCUACUAACAUCAAUAAUCUCCUGUUGGAAGCUAUGCAACCGAUCAAUGCUCAACUUUUGUCCUAUCGAGUGCUUUAUUAUAGGGACGCUGCAACAUUGAGCCCUUGUGAGUUAUUCAACUUAAGGGAUAAGUUUCGCCAAGCUCCUCCUAGCGGUCUUGAUCAAUCAAAAAAUAAAGUUAUUGAAGGAGGUUUUGCAAUGCUUAUCACCCUGUGCCACAUAAGAAAGUUACUUACCAGCCAUGGUGUAAGGCCAGCUUAUGAAAUGCUUGCCGAUAAGCUGCAAUCAGGGCCAUUUGCAAGGAGUGCAAGUAAGAAUGAGACGAUUAAGAAAGCAAAACUUUUAAUGGAGCAAUGCAUAUCUCAUGGUGCCCCAAGUCCAAAAUUAGUGAAGCUGAGAGAAAUUCUUACAGAUCAUUUCAAAACAAAAGAUCCAAAGAAUUCAAGGGUUAUCAUCUUCUCAAAUUUCAGGGGAAGUGUUAGAGACAUAAUGGAUUCAUUGUCAACCAUCAGAGACCUGGUUAAAGCUACGGAAUUUAUUGGUCAAAGCUCAGGAAAAGCUUUAAAAGGGCAGACACAAAAAGUGCAACAAGCUGUCCUUCAGAAAUUCCGUACUGGUGGAUACAAUGUCAUUGUUGCAACAUCAAUUGGUGAAGAAGGUCUAGACAUCAUGGAAGUUGACCUUGUGAUUUGCUUUGACGCCAAUGUCUCGCCCUUGAGAAUGAUCCAGCGCAUGGGAAGGACUGGAAGAAAGAGUGAUGGACGAGUUGUAGUUCUAGCUUGUGAAGGAUCAGAGGUCAAGGCAUACAGGAAAAAGCAGGCAAGCGGCAAGGCAGUAAGGAAGCACAUGCAUAAUGGCGGAAUCAAGAGCUUCAGUUUCCAUUCCAGCCCUAGAAUGGUCCCUCAUAUUUGCAAACCAAAAGCUUCUUUUAUUAAAAUUUCAAUAGAGAAGUUCAUUCCUCGUGGGAAAAAAUCGCGAGAUGAUUCACUGCAGAGAACCCCAGUUUCAAAAGAAUUAUUAGUUGAAGAAAAAAAUAUUUUGGCAAGGUACUUCCAUCCAGCCGAAGAGGAUAUACAGGAACCAUCUCUUAUUGCUUUUCCCAUUUUUCAGACAUUUCCUUCUAGUGUACAUGAAUUGCGGCAUUCAUUUAGAACAACAUCAAUGCUGAUUGAUGCUAUGCAGCAUCUUCGAGGAUUAGCUCUGUGUGAAGCUAAUAAAGAUUGUUUGGUUGAGGUUGAUGUUUCAUGUCAGCCCCCUGAAGCUGCAACAGUUGCCGUUAAGAACAAAGAAAAAGCAACCUGUUACAUCACGGAAGCUAUCUUUGAGGAAAAGCUCUCUGCUAUUGAAGAACUUGAAGAACCACUUAAGGAGACUCCGGAAAAUGGGCUUAAAAUUCCUUCUCAUCCUAUUAAAAAAUUCUCUUCUCACUGCUUCCUUUUUGGGAACGAUUUUGUAAAUGUUAAUUCUGUUGGAAGUGUUCUCAUUGCUUCUGUACCUCGCCUUCCUUAUAAAGGAGAUGCAUUUUCUAAAGUUAUUCCGUCAGAUGACAAUCAAGAAAUGUUUAUGAAAACAGUAAGUGAUGCUUUCUCUUUCGAGGAGCGAACUACACAGGGUAUCUCAGAAGUGGAAGCAGUCCCUGAGCAGAAGCUUGUUAACAUCAAAGGGCUUUUAUCAUCUCAGUUACAGAAAUAUGGUGAACAGAAAAAUGACGGGGAAGAAAGUUUUGUGCUUGAGACCUCAGUCUCUAAACAAAAAAUUAUGUAUCAAGAAGUUGCUGAGGCAACUGUAAAUACCGUGCUUGAGACCCCAGUUUCUAAGCAAAAACUUAUGAAUCACGAAGUUGCUGAGGACACUGUAAAUGCUGUGCUUGAGAACCCUGUUUCUAAACAAAAAUUUAUGAAGCAAGAAGUUGCUGAGAAUGCUGUAAAUGCUGAAGAUGUUUUACAGCUUCCAUUAGUUUUCAAGUCACGUGAUACUUUAAAAGAUAUGGAUCUGAGCCCCAGACUAUCUCAUUUCGUUGAGGAGGGUAUUGUUCCAGAGUCUCCUAUACUCAACCAAAGGCGCUCCAUUGCAGAGCAUAUUGUGUCUUCAAACUUCACUCCUACGUGUGUGAAACAUGGUUCAUUGGUUAAAUCUCAAUCUACAAGCAUACAUGUAAAGGAAGAUUUAAUUCUUGCCAGUUCUUGCUUGGUAAAGAAUGAAUCUUGUGAGCCACUCGAUGCUGCACAUAGUAUCAAGAAAUCUUCUGUUGUAUCAAUGGAUGAAAUUAUGAUUGCAGAUAAAUUUGGCCUGGGCAAGUUGAAAAAUUGUCAUGAAAGCAGAAUCAAAAGGAAUAUACUGUACUCUCCAAUCAAUGAGGAUAUUCACACUCCAAUAGUUGAUUCCAUCGGCAACAGUUCUAGUGAAAAUUGGCAACAGAACUCAGCUGAGGCGUCAAAAUCAUCAAUUUCGGCUCCCCAAUAUAAGAGGUUAAGAAAGUACCGGGACAUAGCUGAAGAACUUCCCUGUCAGUCAACAAAGGAAAAAGAUAAUUGCUCCCUGCCAAACAAGUGCGGCCCUAGUAUUAGAAAUGGAUUAAACCUGGCUGGUCCCAAUAAAGGUAAAAGGAAGAAGAUGAAGAAAUAUGCAAUUUCCUUCAUUGAAGAGGAAGCUGAGGUAUCUCAAAAUGCACAAGUUUCUGAGGACGAGGAAGACGAUGAUUGUGAGGAAGGAGUUGAUGGUAGUUUCAUAGAUGAUAGAACAAGUCCUACUGAAGCAAGUACCGAAGAAGAAGACAUGGUGGCAUUCUACCGGCGCUCCCUGCUCACUCAGUCACCAGCAAAUUGUCUUCAAAACUCAUUGGCUACACCUUAUGAAUCUUUUUCAUCAAGAACUGGAACUGAAAGCUGUUCAUCAGAAAAAGUAUGUAAUCAUCUCCCAACUCACCAAACUGGCUUACAUUCUGCAGAUGAGUCUCGUGGCAAUCAACAUGUAACCCACCAGGUGGAACUUGAAAGAACUAUAGUAUGUGAAAACCCCAUUAAAGGGUAUUCAGCCAAAUUGGAAAGCAGAAAAAGAAAGUUAAGCUUUCAGAAUAACGGUUCCUCUGCAGCUAAAUCCCCACUGGAGCAAUUUAUUGAAUUAGAACACUCAAGGGAAGUACUACAGCAACAGCGGCAGCAGCCUGGGAAUAGUGAUGUUGGUGCUGAUUUACUAUGUGAUGAUGAUUUUUAUCAGAGUAUCGAUCUUGAUGCUGUUGAGGAACAAGCUACUAAACUCUUGAAACACAAGUCUAGUGUGACAGUUCCAUGCCACUCUGAAAAAAUAAAUGAACAGCUUAAUAUGGAUGUUCUUUGCUCUCCAUCAUUUGAUUUGGGAAUCUGAGGAUGAUCGAGACUUGCAGAUUGUUUGAUUUGUGAGAAAUCAGAGGGUAUUUGAGUACUCUUGUGCGCAACUGAAGGUUGAUCCUUAGACUUUGUGCUUCGUGCAGAAAGGCUACUCAACAGGUCCAUCCUGCUUGUGUUUAUUAGUCAAAGGAUAAUCACUACGUGAAGGAAUCGGCAGAAGCUUUUACGGAACAUCUGUUAGAAAGAUGAAGCUUGAUGUCUUCGUGAAAGCAUGGACUCUCUGAAGGAAAGGGUUAUCAAAGCGGUACUGAUCAACGAGAGCCUUAAUGUCCCUAUCAGCUAUUAUCAGUGCGCUAAUCGCGAGAGCCAAAUGGGAAAUGAUAUUUCCUCUGUAUUCUGAUGGAGCCCAAGUGGAAAAUUGUGGGAUAUUGUGGAUCGCAUAGAGAGAGCAUGGAUAUAUGAUGAUAUUUAUACAAGUGUUUGGAUAUCCGGACGGAUGUUAGAGGGAUAGUGUAUCAUAUGCACCUGAUUAUACAUGAAUGCUUGAUAUGUGUUAUCUUGUAGGCUCAAUUGCCAAACUGUAUAUUUAAUAAUAACAUCAGGGUUUAUUAAAUUACAUUUA